UCCUUUACUUUCACUUUCACUGCGCAAAGGCCUGAGAGAGGGACAAGAAGAACGAGUGAAGUCGCUGGGGAUAAAGAAGACGUACAAAAGCAAUAGGAAAAGCUCAGCUAGAAGGUAAAAAUGUCGUGGAGCAAACAGACAGUGGUGGGGAUAUUCUCCAGGAGUGGGGAACAUGAAUACCUUUGGCUUGUCAACGCUCUGCGGGAUGUUACCAACCUCUGCCCCCAGCCCUUUGUCAUUACCAACUCCAACGCCUCCGCUUUUAGGGAAUCCGUCUAUACUAACACCUUUGCCAUUUUGUAUCACUCCAUGAACAGAGGGAGCCUCAAUAUCACCGACGUGACUGAUUCACUGUAUGACGAUGAGCUGCAAGUUCUAUCCAGCAUUCUCGGGAAAGACAAAGUGGUGGUAAUUGCUGAUGACCUAGUUGACAGCAGUCAUAAUGCAAAGAACAGAAUUCUUCAUAGUCAACCAACCAUCAGACUCAAAGCUCUGGAUCUAUUCCUGUUCAGCAGGGAGGACAAGACUAAUUACAACAUAUUGUUAAGCAAAAUGGCACCCAUAAAAGAAAUAGUUACUGCAGCUUCCCACAAGAGUAUAAACAUGUGGGAUGAGGAGAAAGACUCACCUGAUAAAGAGAAGGACUUGAAACCCAGAAAGGUAAAAAUGUCGUCGAGCAAACAGACAGUGGUGGGGAUAUUCUCCAGGAGUAGGAAAGAUGAAUACCUUUGGCUUGUCAACGCUCUGCGGGAUGAUACCAACAUCUGCCUCCAGCCCUUUGUCAUUACCAACUCCAACGCCUCCGCUUUUAGGGAAUCCGUCUAUACUAACAACUUUGCCAUUUUGUAUCACUCCAUGAACAGUGGGAGGCUCAAUAUCACCGACGUGACUGAUUCUCUGUAUGACGAUGAGCUGCAAGUUCUAUCCAGCAUUCUCGGGAAAGACAAGGUGAUGGUAAUUGCUGAUGACCCAGUUGACAGCAGUCAUAAUGCAAAGAACAGAAUUCUUCAUAGUCAACCAACCAUCAAACUCAAAGCCCAGGAUCUAUUCCUGUUCAGCAGGGAGGACAAGACUAAUAACAACAUAUUGAUAAGCAAAAUGGCACCCAUAAAAGAAAUAAUUACUGCAGCUUCCCACAAGAGUAUAAACAUGUGGGAUGAGGAGAAAGACUCACCUGAUAAAGAGAAGGACUUGAAACCCAGAAAGGUAAAAAUGUCGUGGAGCAAACAGACAGUGGUGGGGAUAUUCUCCAGGAGUGGGGAACAUGAAUACCUUUGGCUUGUCAACGCUCUGCGGGAUGUUACCAACCUCUGCCCCCAGCCCUUUGUCAUUACCAACUCCAACGCCUCCGCUUUUAGGGAAUCCGUCUAUACUAACACCUUUGCCAUUUUGUAUCACUCCAUGAACAGAGGGAGCCUCAAUAUCACCGACGUGACUGAUUCACUGUAUGACGAUGAGCUGCAAGUUCUAUCCAGCAUUCUCGGGAAAGACAAAGUGGUGGUAAUUGCUGAUGACCUAGUUGACAGCAGUCAUAAUGCAAAGAACAGAAUUCUUCAUAGUCAACCAACCAUCAGACUCAAAGCUCUGGAUCUAUUCCUGUUCAGCAGGGAGGACAAGACUAAUUACAACAUAUUGUUAAGCAAAAUGGCACCCAUAAAAGAAAUAGUUACUGCAGCUUCCCACAAGAGUAUAAACAUGAGCUCUGUCUCUUUGUCCCUUGUAACAUACGGAACUACAGUAAUCUGUGUGGGAAAUGCACUGUGCAGACCCAGCGUAUGGAACUGGGCUCUUGCCUUUCCCUGGGUUGCAGCUUCCCUGGGACUUGUGAGAAAUACAUUCUAUAUACCCUACAUACCUGCUGGCCUGCGACUGAGUGAAACUUAUAUGGUGCCGGCUGGGGUAGUGACAAUACUUUCUAUCUCCCAGCCUGAUUGGCCUCACGUAUUAUCAUCAUAUUGCAACUCCAUAUUGCAGAAGCAUAAGGGGAGAUAAACCAAAAUGAAUAUAUUGGCCAUGUCAAGUGAAAGGACGCCAUUGUGGGCUUUUAUAAUAAAGAUGAUAAACAUGUUUAUUUGAGUGAUUAGAAAAUUCUGCAAUGUCCCAAAGUGGAGGACGAUGGACUUUCCAGAUGUUUCCAUUUAUGGCAAUAACAUAAUAAAAGAAAUGCAGAUGUA